AUGCUAAGACCAGAGGUGUCCGCAUCCUACCAAGAGCUGAGUGAAGAUGUGGAGCGAGUAUCUGAAAACCAAACAGACCAGAGAGGAGGAGAUAUGGAAGUUCAUGAAGAUGCCAGCUCUGUUAUUUUACCAGAUAGUGAACUGGGUACCACUGCCCCUUCUUUGCGUUUCAGCAAGACUUGCCUAAAGAAUGUUUUUUCAGUAAUUCUCCUGUUUAUUUAUCUGCUGCUCAUGGCUGUAGCUGUGUUCCUUGUCUACCAAACCAUCAGUGACUUCAGGGAGAAGCUUAACCACCCAGUGAUGUCUGUCUCUUACAAGGAAGUGUCCUUGUAUGAUGCACCUGGUAUUGCCUUUUACCCAGGCAAGGCUCGGCUCCUUAGCUGCAAGCAUCAUUACUAUGAUCACAUUCCACCUCUGAUAAAUCCAGGUCAGCCCGGAGACAUUGAGUGCACCACUCAGAGAAUCAACUACACAGAUCCUUUUACAAAUCAAACUAUGAAGUAUGCUUUGGUUGUCCAAGGCCCUCGUGAUGUGAAGAAAAAGGAACUAGUGUUUCUGCAGUUUCAUUUAAAUGGAACAGACCAAGAUUUUAGUGCCAUUGAUUACCUUCUAUUUUCUUCUUUCCAAGAAUUCAUCAAUAGUCCAGAAAAAGCAGAAUUCAUGAAGGACUGUGAAAGUUCAUACUCCAGCUGGAAGUUUUCAGGAGGUUUUCGAACUUGGGUCAAGAUGUCCUUGGUGAAAACAAAAGAAGAAGAUGGUAGUGAGACCGUUGAAUUCAAACAAGAGACUAGCGUGGUGAACUAUAUUGACCAGAGAACUAAAACAAGAAGUGACCAGCUGUUUUUUGUGGUAUUUGAAUGGAAAGAUCCUUUUAUACAGACUGUUCAAGACAUAAUCACAGCAAAUCCCUGGAACAUGAUUGCUCUUCUUUGUGGUAUCUUUUUGGCUCUGUUUAAGGCAGCAGACUUUGCUAAGUUAAGUGUUAAGUGGAUGAUCAAAAUCCGAAAGAGACAUCUGAAGAGGAGAAGUCAAGCAAUGAACCACAUCAGCUGAGAUGGCCUUUUAACUGUUCAUAGCAGGAGGGAUAGAGAAUAACUGGAACACACUUCCAUCAGCAAUUAACUAUGCAAACCAGGUAUGUUUUCUUCAGGAAAAAAGGACAGCUGGAGGAACAGCCUCGUGAACUUCUGGCCUUUGAACUUCAGAAAGCAGCUAACUCUAGGACAGGUCUAACAAACUCAUGCUUUUCUAUUCCAAAUUUAACAAGCUUACCUCAAUUUUUGGCGACACCAAGGGAGAAAGA